UUGGACCGCCCGCACGUGUGUAUAUGCACGUGUGUGGUGUGUGCGUGACAUCUUUGUACCUGUACCCUAUAAAAAAGUACUCCUUGCGAAUUGCGCAACGGCCCCUCCGAAUCUCGAAUCCCGCUAAUCCAAAUCCAUCGAGCGGGAGAACCCCGAAUUCCAAAAAUCCCCAAAACCCAACCCUAGCUCGCUAGCCUCACUGUUCCCCUUCGACUCUUCCCCUUCGCACCUCUGAUUCCUCGCGCCCUCGUCCCCCGCUCAAUUUCCAGAAGCUUCUAGAACCGGGUUUCCAGCCCUAAUCCCGCAAAAAGAUGCUUUCUUGCGCCUAGUAGCCUGGGACGGAGGCAUGGACAGCGGCGGCGGGGAGGGAGGCUCGACUGGCGGGAGGUUCCCUAUUCUGCAGGCGAAUAGGGACCCCGAGUCAAAUUGGGAGGUGGACGUUGCCAAAAGCCUCGAGCAGUACCUGCUCAAGAUCUGUUCAGGGGAGGUCUCCGGCGAGGACGAGUCCCAUUCUGUCAACUUUGCCGAAGCGGCGUUACUACUCCAAGGAUCGGUUCAAGUAUACAGUAGGAAGGUGGAGUACUUGUACUCCUUGGUGCUUCACGCGAUAGAGUUCCUCUCACACAAGAAGGGGAUCAAUGCCAACAUAUUGCUGAAAGAAGGCCUUUCUGUUCAAUGUAAUCAUGGAUUUCAUGGUACUAAGGCAUCACCUAGGAGCAGGGGUGGAGCAUUUCAUGGUACUAAGGCAUCACCUAGGAGCAGGGGUGGAGCAUUUCAUGGUACUAAGGCAUCACCUAGGAGCAGGGGUGGAGCAUUUCAUGGUUCUAAGGCAUUACCUAGGAGCAUGGGUGGAGCUACAGUUUGCCACCAGGAUCAGCUGAUCCUACAAAUUUUGGAAAUUCCAAUAGAAUAAUAUUUGUCAUCGGGCCAGCCGACCCUGACGAGUUUUGGAAAUUCCAACGAAAUAUUACUGUAUGCAGAGCAAAUAGUUCCUAAUGGCCACACCAAUUUCAGACAAGACCAUGAUGGUCAUCUGGCCUAGAUACUCUCCUGCCUAGGUGUUGCUUUGGCAUUAUGUUUGUUGGCAGUAACUUCCAUAGUUGAUGCCUUGCCUAAUGGUUGCAUGGAGAGGAGAGGAGAUGAGCACAUCUACGUUGUUGUAAUUUGGGCCUCCUUGCAAAAUAGCCAAUUGCCAUCCUCUGGAGCUGAAGACUCAUGUGAAAGGAAGGAGACGAGAUGGAGAGAAGCAAAGAUGGAAUGGUAAACAGACAGGAUCAACAGGAAAAUGUAACAGCUCAAUCUAAUCAAAGCGACCCUAGCACGAUUCCCAGUGAAGAUUAUAUAUUUAUGGGGUUAGAUGAUGUCCUAAUGGAAACAAGGACGUCUCUGGAUAACAAUGUUGACCGAGAUGAUUUACAAAGAAAAAUUGUGAGGCCACCAGCAAAUCUACUGGUGUUUGAAGGGGACGUUCUGGAUAGUGAAGCGAGUGAGCUAGACUCAUAUUUGUUAUCAACAUGUGAUUUUUAUGGAGAUUUCCUUCUGCUGGAUCCUUGUGAUGCACCAUCUGUUUUUGACUUUCUGCAAGGAAAACAUUCUGGUAAAGAAAAUAGUGUGGCUCGCCAAGGCAGUCCAGCACCUUCUAAAAGCCAAGCCAAUGUUUUCACUUCCCCAAAUGCAAGAUCAGCGGGCACAGGCUGUAAAGCCGCCUCUGGAAAAGUCCUAGGAGGUCUAGAUUCAACUCAGAAGAAUCCUGACCAACCUUCAACUCAAGAAACCAGUCCAGAUGACAAACAUUGGUCUGAUCCUGUUGAACCUAACUUUACUGAUGAUGUUGAAAAGCCUCACCCAGACGAUAUAGGGGAUCCUGUUGGAGAUUAUUCUGAUGACGAGGAUCCGUGGAAACCUUUAAAUCCACAUGAACCUGGCAGCUUAAAGAUUCGGCCUUACAGGAGAGUGAAAGGUUCUCUACGGGGGGUUAUUGGCACUUUGAGAAAGAAAACUCUCACAUCUAUAUUUCCUGUGGCAAAGAUGGUUGGUGUCAUCAUACCUGAACAUGCUAAAUCUUUUGAAGCACAGCAGUCUCAGCAGGAGGAACAUUAUGGUUCCCAAUCACCCCCUCGUUUUGAAAAGUAUUUGGCAUCAUUUGAAUUUGGAGAAGAAAAUUCCAAUGUGUUUGGAGAUCUGAAAGAUGACAAUGGAUCCGAUAUUGGCAUUAAUUUUGAUUAUAAUGAUCCAGACAUGCCAAACGACAUAGAUGUUGAUCCUGACGUUCCAACAUAUCCUGACGAGAUUAUUGCUGCAACUCCCAAAGGUACUCAUGGUACACAGGAUGACAGAGAUACACGUGAAAGCCUCGAUGACUUGUGUCGGUCACAUCUGAAUGCUCUCCUUGCCAGCAUUGCUGAGGUUGAAAAGCAGAGUGAGAUGGAUGCUCGAGUUUCAACAUGGAAAGAAAGAAUCGAGAUUGCCUUGGAAGAGCAGGAUAAAAACCCACCUUUUGAUAUCGGUUCAUACGGGGAGCAAAUCCUUGACGCGCUUUCAUCAAGAACUGACAGCACAGGAACUGCAUCUUUUAGCGAGAUUGUUUGUGGCAGACCGAAGUAUGAGGUUGCCAGAACAUUCUCUGCCCUUCUCCAGCUGGUAAACAGCAGAAGUGUUUAUCUGGACAAAGGACAAGCCACGAAUGAGUUGGUGUGUUACACAGCUGAGAAUCCAUUCCAUGUAAGGCUCAUCAGUCCCAACCGGAGGCCAGAGAUGGAGGCACACUUUGCUCGGAAGAGAGUCAAGUCCCCACUGCGAAACGCUGGCAAAGGUGGUGAGUCCUCCCUGGCACGACAUGAGUGCCCCAAGAAGCCAUUGCAUAAAAAUGGCAAGAUUCAAGUCAAGACGGCGAUCAGGUUGACUCCAGACGGGAAGCGAAGGCGAAGGUCAGUCACUCAUCUAAUGCAGCCGAUCAAUCUGGAAUCAGCGGAUGAAUGCCAAUGGCAGACUGACUCAUGGGCAUCUAGAGCCUGAUCGCCAAUGGCAGACUGACUGAUGGGCAUCUAGAGUCUGAUUCUUCUAAUUGUUGCAACUUCAGUGGCGGUUUCAUUGGCAGGCAACGACUGCUGUGCAAUCAGCUCCCUUGACGAGACAGUGACCAUGGUUCCUGGUUCAGAUGGCGUACUGCUGACAUUAGGCCUAGCUAGCGGGUGUACAUGUAACAUGUACAAUAGUUCAUUGUGCUGUUUUGUACGUAUUUGUAUCAGCUCUCAAGCCUAAUGCUAACAGGGCAAGAUUUGUCUACCGACUUGCCGUUUUAUACCUAAUGAUAUUGGUAGAUUCUUUCCUGGUUCAAUAAACUAGCAAAGUCAAGUUGCUGGUGC